GCUGUUAAGGAGAGACUUGUUCACACCCGCUGAUCAUUACCGCGCUGAUAGUCAUUCCUCGGAGUAAGGAAAUGAUGUGCAAAAAAGGAUCCCAACCAGCAGUUAAGAAGUCCUUCCUAAUGUUCCUGGUGGUGUGCCUGGCUUCGCUGCCUUUCCUGGCUACCGUCCUCAAACACUCCUUCCAGCCUGUGGUUCCUAAAAGCAUCAGGAAGAUCCCAGUGCCUCAGGCCGUCCAGAUAAGGAAUCCUAUAUUCAAAAAGAGCUGUUACAACUACGCCAAUAUCACUGCAACGAAUGUGUGUUGCAAGAUGAAGAGGUAUCAUUUCUCCGAUGUUCAGAAGUGCGUGCAAACUUUCAGUGCUACACGGAAUUAUCGCAAGCCUUUAUACAGUCCUCAGCAUGUGAACUCCAGCUCAAAGGAAAUUAUUCAUAUUGUGUUUGUUGGAGACUCUCACAUGCGCUAUCUGUUCGCAGCUGUGUCCUUACGACUUGCAAGUCCAAAACUGCGAUUCAGAAACAGAAAAGAGAAGAAGUGGAUGAACGGAGUGAGAGCAUUGAAACGGAUGAGGAGUAAACGUUUUCUGAUCACCAUUCUCGAGACGAAGCAUCUGUCCCUUCCCAUCCGUGUCACCUACUACGCGGACUUCUUUCUCGAAGGGUUGCCGCACCUCAUGGACCUCUGGGAGAAGGGCGAGGAAAUCAAGCCAACCGUUGUUGUCAUGGAUUCCGGUCUUCACUUCAUGACAAAGCGACCAGACAAGAAGGCAAUCCCAUAUGAGGAGUCACUCAAAUAUCUGGUGCCCUAUUUUACUCGCCUUGCUGCCACUGUACCUGUCUAUUACAAACUCACUGACGACCUGCAGGCAGCCAGGAUUAAAAAAGCCAAUAUGAGCCAGACUCUCACCAAGCUGUACAAUGAAAUUGCUGUCCGGGAACUACAGGGAACUGGCGUAACCCUCUGGGACAGCACACUACCUUUGUCUGUCCAGUACAACGAUGCUUGUGUAAAUAUGAACAAAAAUACACCACCUAUGUUCAACUGGAAAUGCAGUGAUCUCAGUCACCUCGGUUACAUCGUCGUGGAACAGUUUGCUGACAUGGUGUACAACGCUGUCUGUAACAAAUAUUUGGAACUUGACGAGGAUCAUUGCGCCCAAGAGGAAACGCCACGUCUUUGAAGUGGAUACAUGAUGAAAAGGACGUUAUGUAAAGAACAAUGCUGCUGUACACCAUCGCCCUCUCACUGCACCCAGAAAACAGCGGCGUAUUUUUUAACGUACAUUCUCAGUAUGAUGUAUCUUUAUGUAGUAAUUUAGACUUUUUAAUUUGCAAUCAAGUGCCAGGUACUCUUUUUGGUCAUUUAAUCGUUAAUCCUAAUGGCCUUGGAAGACCACCUUGUAUUAUGUUAUAUAUGAAGAACCAAGGACAAGUUGAAGGAAUGCACAGACUUUAAAACGAACAGGAAAUCAUAGGUGAAUUGACAGUUUGGAAAAGGGUAUGUCCUGUACCGUAUAAAUCUUAAGUUAUGGUCUAAAUUUUAUCCUAUACUAGACUUUGUUCAUGAAAUCAGUCCAAAAAAUAUAUAUAUAUCCUUAACAGGGGAGUAAAAAAUUAAGGACGAAUCUACUGGAAAAAUACAUAUCAAUAAGGAGUAGCUAACAGAUAGAAAAUGCUCACCAAGAUAUUACUUACUCGCCCUCUUAAAUAUUCUCUAUGUGACGGGCUAAAAAAAAAAAAAAAAAAAAAAAAAAAUGGCACGGCAAAGUGAACGGUAUUGUUUGGUACCUGUAGCAAUAUCAAUAAAUAGCAGAUGCGGCAGUGUACAUUCAUGCUUUCUGAUUCUUCAUCCAUGAUUCUGACCACUGCCUCUUGCUUCAUAUGAAUUUCACAAACCAAUCUUCCAUCGCGCCGGUCUAUUCCAAGGUCUUUCAAAAUAAUAUUAUCUCAGUCCCCCCUAUCAAAAGCUUUCCCACAGUCCAAAAAGCAGACAUAGAGUUCCUUUCUAUGACCUAAUAUCUUUUCACAGAGCUUAUGUAUGACUGCGAUUGCCUCUCUGGUGCCACAUCGUGUUUUGUUGAUGUAAUAAUCCCUAGCCUUUCA